AUGGCAAGCAGCGGUAGAGGUGGAAAUGAUCCAGCAUGGAAGUACGCAACUCCCGUCGAAGGAAAUCAAAAUGCUACAACAUGUAUAUUUUGUUUUGCCACUUUUAAAAGUGGAGGAAUUACAAGAUUGAAGAGUCAUUUAUCAGGUUAUGAUCCUCACAAGAGUGUAAAGAAAUGUGAUAAGGUGCCACCAGAGAUCAAAAUAGAGGUGAUAGCAUGGAUAAAGAGAAAAGAUUCUAUUAAGCAAGAAAAGGCAGCUGUUCAAGAUGAUAUUAGAGAAGAACUCCGCAAUGAAUAUCUUGGCAAUCAAACAAGUCUGUACAAUGACGAUGACGACAAUGAUGAUGAUGAUGAUGGAUUUCAGUAUCCACCAGACACGCACCCUGCAGAACGACAAGAUUAUCGUGCUAAAAGGUGGUAUGAUGUUGUCCCUUUUAACAAAGCUGAUUCUCCACAUUUCCAAAACAUGUUGACUGCAACUGGAAAUCUAGGUCCUGGUGUAAAGCUUCCUACCUCCUAUGAAAUUCAGACUCGUUACUUAGAGAAUGAGUACACAGAAAUGAAAAGGUAUGUGGAUACUCACAGAGAAACCUGGAAAAUAUAUGGAUGCACUAUCAUGUGUGAUGGAUGGACUAGCCCAACCAAAAUGUCUAUUCUAAAUUUCAUGGUGUAUUCAAAAGGUUCAACUGUGUUUUUGAAGUCUGUAGAUGCUUCACAUAUGAAAAGAAAUGCUCAGUACAUAGAACUGUUGUUAAAUGAGAUUAUCCAAGAUGUUGGACCAGAAAAUGUUUUCCAGAUUGUCACUGACAAUGCAUCAGCAUUUAAAAAGGCCAGAAGGGAACUACAUAAAAAAUAUCCGCUGUUCUGGAUCUCGUGUGCUGCCCACUGCAUCGAUUUGAUAUUUGAAGAUAUCGAGAAGCAAGAGACUAUUUCCACUGUCGUCAAAUGGGCUCAAAGUGUAACUAACUACAUCUACAAUCAUGGUUGGGUACUGGCUGAAAUGAGGAGCAUCAUGAAGGGAGAUUUGAUUCAACCAGGUAAAACUCGAUUUGCAACAAAUCACAUUGCCAUCGACAGUAUUUUGAAGAAGAAAUCUGAUUUGAGAAAAUUGUUUACAAGUAGCGCAUGGAAUGAGAAUGCAGCGAGCAGGACCAGAGAUGGCAAAAGGAUAGAAAAAAGAGUCCUCGAUGGGACAUUUUGGGAUGGCAUGGAAGCAGUCCAUAAAAUUUAUAAGCCAUUGUAUGAGAUUCUUCGAAUUGUUGACACAGAAAUUCAGCCAACCAUGCCCAUAUUAUAUGUUGUUUCUCGUACAUUCAUUUCAGAAGUCGAAACUAACCAUAGCAGCAUCUGA